AUGAACAAGCAUCGUGAGCCAGGUUGCACCGGGGUUACUCCAGAUAAGAAAUACUACAAAAUGACAACAACCACCAACUGGACACUAUCUACCUACCUGCCUCAGCGAUGGAAAACGGACGCCACGAUCUUAUUAUAUCUCCGGGAGAAAACAAAUAUCCCGCUCCCGCGUCUAUAUCAUACCUUCGAAGACAAUGGGGCUUUCUAUUUUAGUACCGAACCUGUACCGGGGGUUAGUAUAACCCAGCUUAUGGAGGAGCAAAAGCAAGUAGUCACCAAGGAGCUUCUGGAGCACAUUGCUACGCUCAAAUCGCUCCGAUCCGACACCCCGGGCGUACCAGGCCAAACGCUACUAUAUACUCCUAACAGGGCUUACAGCUGUUACGUUUUCUGCCACAACGAUCUAGGCCAGCAUAACGUCAUUGUCGACCCUGAAACACUCAAAAUUAACGCCAUCAUCGACUGGGAGUAUGGCGGAUUUUGGCCCGAGUGGUUUGAGCGGCCGUAUUGGGAGCGGAAAGGACCCAGCGCUCCCCUUGCCCGCGAAGAGGACGAUGCGGAGCGGUGCCGCGAGUGGCUCUUGACUCAUUGUGUCGAAGUAGAGAUGGAGCACCUACGAUCACUGAAGGAGAAGCUGGGGGGGCAGUCAUAG